AACAUUUAAAAGGCACAAUUUUACAUGUUAUUUCUCUGAAAAAUAAGAAGGGUUUCUCUAACUCAUUCAAACACACAGUUUGAACUGAAGUGUAAACAUCAAUGGAAAACCCUGCUAUCAUCUCUCGAACUUCCAACAAUCAUCACCAACUCUGGUUCGCUUUUCUCAUUUCCUUUCUCUUAUUCUCAUUAUUUCUACGUUUUCAUUAUUCAAACAACUUUCAAUCUCCCAACACUGUCAUCACUUUCUCAAUCAACAACACUGAUUCCUGCCAUGGCCGCUACGUUUUCAUCCAAAACAUCCCAUCUCGUUUCAACCAGUUUCUCCUUCAAAACUGUCAAUUUCUCACCCGAGGAACCGAUCAACCCAACAUGUGUCCUUAUAUGAACAACAUGGGUUUGGGUCCUGAGAUUAAAAACGAAAAUUUUAGUGAUAUUCUUUUAACAAACACUUGGUAUGCAACUAAUCAGUUUUCGUUGGAGGUUAUUUUUCAUAAUAGGAUGAAGAGUUAUGAAUGUUUGACGAAUGAUUCGGCUUUAGCUUCUGCUGUUUUUGUUCCGUCGUAUAUUGGUCUUGAUAUUAGUCGUUUUCUUUGGGUGGCUAAUCUUACUGUCAGAGAUUCUUCUGGUUUUGAGCUUGUGAGAUGGCUUGUGGAGAAACCCGAAUGGAAGAGAAUGUGGGGGAGAGAUCAUUUUCUUAUUUCUGGUAGAAUUUCUUGGGAUUUUAGAAGGCAGUUUGAUGAUUUGGCUUAUUGGGGUAGUAAGUUUAGGUUUUUACCUGAAUCUAUGAAUAUGUCUAUGUUAGCAGUCGAGGGUAGUUCAUGGAAUAAUGAUUAUGCGAUACCGUAUCCGACUUCGUUUCAUCCGUUAUUCGAUAACGAUGUUUAUCAAUGGCAGAGUAAAAUCAGACAUCAAAAGAGGCAGUUCUUGUUUACUUUCACAGGAGCACCAAGGCCUGAGCUUGAAGAUUCUAUAAGGGGGAAAAUUAUAAAACAGUGUCGAGGUUCGAGUUCGUGCAAGUUCAUUGAUUGUAGCUCUGAGAAAUGUGAUGAUCCUGUUAAUGUUAUGAAAGUGUUUGAAAAUUCUGUGUUCUCUUUGCAACCCUCUGGUGAUUCAUACACAAGAAGAUCGAUUUUCGAUUCGAUUUUAGCCGGUUGUAUUCCUGUGUUUUUUCAUCCCGGUACUGCUUAUUCGCAAUACAAGUGGCAUUUUCCGAAAAACAGAAGUGAAUAUUCUGUUUAUAUACCUGUGAAGGAUGUGAAAGAAUGGAACGUUGAUAUUAGAAAGGUGUUGUUGAAGAUUCCUGAGAAUGAAGUGAUUGCAAUGAGAGAAGAGGUUAUAAAACUUAUUCCGAAAAUUGUUUAUGCAGAUCCUAGAGGUAAGUUAGAUAAUUUUGAUGAUGCAUUUGAUAUAGCAUUGAAAGGGAUACUUGAAAGAAUUGAGAAUGUAAGAGAAGAGAUUAGGAAAGGGAGAGAUCCUAGUAUUGGUUUUGCAGAUGAAGAUCAUUAUAAGUAUACAUUUUCUGAUAACUAGAUAGUGUUAUGUCCAUUCAAUAAUACAAUUAGUUUACUAUUACGAUGAUAAUUUAUACUGGUUUUUACUUGAACAGAAGCAUUCAUAGUUAAAAUUUUACAUAUUUUCUGAUUUUUCACUAUGCUUGCUUCUUGGUUUACAUUUAUAUUUUUUUACAAAGUUUAGAGUUAUUGUUUUGCCGACAGUUGAAGUUACUGUGUACUUCAGUUGCAUAUUCAUUUUGCCGACAAAAAAUGGACAAUGCUGAGAAUUUAGAGGGUCAUAUUGAUGAAUAGAAGAGGUAUGGUAUGGGAUGCAUGUGAAUGGCAUGUAAUGUAACAUAUGAAAUUUGGGUAGCAUUUAAUAUAGUCACAGAGGUAGAGUUGAGACAGGACAUAAAAAUCAUGUAGAUUCUAAUUGGAAAAUCCCUUAUUAUAGGCUUUGAUUAAGGGUAAUUUUCCAUGACCCUAAAGAUGCCAUUUGUUGUCUUUUUGACUACAAAAGAAUUGCAAAGACCACUUUUUUGAGGGGUCAAUACUACUUUUCUUUUGCUAAAGUCCAAAGUGAUAGUUUACUUUUAAAUUUGUUUA